AACAAUCUUGUUACUAGGCUCGAUGGUCAAGAAUCUUCUUUGUUCUUGUAUUCGAGACAUAAGUCAAGACUUAGAGCUAAUGUCACCGCGGGUCAGCCCGAAGCAUUCGACCCCAAGAGAAAACCAAACUCUUUUAUGGACUCGUUAGAUGUUAACAAGCCAUAUCUUCCAUUAGCGCCAGGAGAAUAUUCUGUUAAGAUCAGCAUUGCAAUAGUAGCUUCCUGCUCGAGUUUCUGGCUUAGGUGGAUUGUUGGUUCAUGGCCAUUAUUCUGGGCUCUUUUUGUGAGUUUCAUGCUCGGUACUGCAUACUCUAUCAAUUUCCCACUUUUACGGUGGAAAAGAUAUGCAUUGGUUGCAGCAAUGUGUAUCCUCGCUGACCGAACUAUCAUUGUUCAAAUUGCCUUUUAUCUACAUAUUCAAACUCAUGUGUUUGGAAGACUGGUCAUGUUCACGAGGCCUCUUGUUUUCGCCACUGCGUUUAUGAGCUUCUUCUCUGUCGGUAUUGCAUUGUUUAAGGUAAGAAGAGAUGGAAAAAUGGUUAGUUCUGUAUACUCUCAAAUCAAAGCAUUCUAG